AUGAAUUAAGGAAAAUAAUAUGAAAUUCAAGGAUUAUUAAAAGCAGGUACUUUUUAUUUCAAGUAUUCUUAAGGUAUUGAUAAAAAUCAAUAACCCAUUUAUGUAAUGUUGCAUAAUUUGAUUAUUAAAAAUAAAAACGAAGAAGAAAUAGCCAAAAAAUUUGAAUCCUAUUUAUAAUAAUUCAGACCUUUUAAGUAUUAUAUUCAAUUAAUUAUAGAGGCUUUGUCUUAAUUAUAUGUUCUUAAAAUGAUGGAUAAAUGAAUGCAAAAGAUGUUAAACAUUUGAUAAAAAAAACUUUAAAGUAAUUUUUUACAUUAUUUAAGAGAAAGGUGGAAUAAAUACAAUUAAAGCGAAUUGAUAAAUUGAUUAUUAUUAGCAACAAUUAAAAUUAUGGAAAAAAAGAAAAAUCAAUACCAUUUUCACUCAAAAGUCUACUCAAAGAAAAAUUGCAUUUUAUUAACAAGUAUUAAAUAUAGUUACUAAUUUAAGUGCUUCAUUUCUAGAUACAUAUGAUAUUGAAUUACAUUAGUCAAUUUUAAAAUUCUUAUGCAAUUAAAUUGAGUAUUAGGAAUAAUAAUCAUUUUAUGGAAGAGAUUUAGAUUCUUAUCCUAUUGGAUAGUCUGGUCUUCCCAUAUUCCUUGAAGAGAUAAUUAAAUAUUAUACAUAAAAUACUAAUUGUUUACUUAAAGAAGGAAUAUUUCGAUUGUCAGGUUCCCAUGAAGAAGAAAUGAAAUUAGUGGAAUAAUUAUUAUAAUAAAAUUAUGAAGCAAUAUAAUAUUCAGAACCUGAUGUAAUAGCAACAGUAUUAAAAAACACAUUAGUUAAUUUGAAAAAUCCAAUCUUUCCAUUUGAAAUUUAUGCAAUUCUAAGAGAUACUAAUCCUUAAAUACCAACUAAUGAAUUUGUAGAUAUGUUUAGCAUAUUUUUUGCUCAUUUAUCCAAAGUGAAUAGAUUAACUGUUUUCAAAUUAGUAGAAUUUAUUAAAUUUAUUGCCGGUUUUGAAAAAGAAAAUAGAGUAAAAAAUAUAAAUAAAUUUUAGAUGGAUUUACAUAAUUUAUCAAUAGUGUUUGCUCCAUGUUUUUUUAGAACAAAAGAGGUCAAUUAAUUAGACUAUUAAGGAGCAAUGACAGUAGUUUUGCAUUUUAAAUCUUUAAUCCAAAAUAUUGAUUCAUUUUUAGAAUAAUAAAAGAGAUUAAGUUUAUGA